AUUUACGAUCGGUGUUUCCCGCUUGCAAAAAAUGAUGAUAAGAUUAGAACUUUCAUGGUUCAGUAGUUUUUCCUCAAACAUUGUAAGUUUCGUCUACACAGUGACAGCAUCUAACCGAGAUUGUAGUCGAGUUGCAAUAUGAAAACAGCCAUUGCAAUAAUUUCGGUUCUACUUUUUACCAAGAGUCAUGGUGAAGCACAGGAAAAUUCAGAUCUGCAUCGUGCUGCAUCGAAUGGAGAAAUUAAUCAAGUAACCGACAUCCUCAACAAAUGUAUCAGUCCCAGCAACAGCGCUGGAAGGUCUCCACUUGACCUUGCUGUUAUAGGUGGACACCUAAAUGUCGUAGUAGCAUUACUAGCCAGAGGAGCACCUGUUAAUUCAAUGGACAACGAAGGCAAUACUGCACUGCAUCAUGCCGUUACGGGAGGUAAUUAUGAUAUUAUAAGCGCUCUUCUCAGUAAGGAUGCUGAUACUACAAUCAGGAACAAGGAGGCCGAAACUCCGCUAAAUAAAGAAAUUCAAAGAGAACACUUGAAUGUUGUAGAAUUGCUAUUAAAAGGAGGGGCGUCAGCUAAUUUGGCAGACAGCGAUGGGAAUACCCCUCUACACCAGGCUGUUCAGCUCGGAUCUGAUGUUGCUGUUGCCGCACUUCUUAACAACGGAGCCCUUACUGACGUCGUAAACAACGCAGGUGAAACACCAUUAAAUAUGGCAGUUCUAAGAGGGUGUCUAAGUGUUGUGAAGUCUAUGUUAACCGCUGGAGCGUCUCCUAAUGUGGCCAACAACGAGGGAAAUACGGCACUACACCUUGCAGUUUGGCAUCAGGCCUAUGCAACUGUCUCCAUCCUUCUUGAUAAAGGUGCCAAUACUACCCUACGUAAUAAAGCAGGUCAGACCCCAUUAGAGAUGGCAGUUGUAAAAGGAUAUUUAAAUAUAGUCAAAUUAUUUUUGAAAUCUGGAGUGUCAGUUACCACACCGAAUAGCGAAGGCAAUACAGCUUUGCACCUCGCUGUAUGGGAUGGAGCGGAUGCUAUUCUUGUCGCUCUUCUCGAAAGUUCCCCCAAUACUAGUCUAAAGAAUAAAGCAGAUCAAACACCCCUAGAUAUGGCAGUUCUAAAGGGGCAUCUAAAUGCUGCAAAAAUACUUUUAAUGGCCGGAGCGUCUGCCAAUAUUCCGAACAAAGAAGGCAACACGGCGCUACAUCUCGCCGUAUGGCACGGAGCCGAUGCCAACACGGCCAUCAAAAAUAAAGCAAAUCAAACGCCAUUAGACGUGGCAGUUUUACGAGGACAACUGAAUGCGGUCAAACUACUUUUGAAUGCCGGAGCAUCCCCUAAUAUACCAAAUAGUGACGGUAACAACGCUCUCCAUCUCGCUGUUUGGCAUGGAGCAGAUGCGAUCGUCGCGGCUCUCUUGGAAAAAGGUCCUAAUACUACCCUCAAGAAUAAAGCCAACCAAACCGCUUUAGAUGUAGCGGUUCUGCGAGGACAUUUGAAUGCUGUCAAGUUACUUUUAAACGCUGGAGCGUCUCCAAAUGUUCCCAACAAUGAAGGAAACAAUGCGCUUCAUCUUGCAGUGUGGCACGGAGCUGAUGCCAUCGUUGCAGCUAUUCUGGAAAAAGGACCAAAUACUACCCUGAAAAAUAAGGCAGAUCAAACUCCAUUGGAUAUAGCAGUUCUGAAAGGGCAUUUAAAUGCUGUGAAACUACUUCUCAAUGCCAAAGCGUCUCCCAAUAUACCGAACAAGGAUGGCAACAACGCUCUACACCUCGCUGUUUGGCACGGAGCCGAUGCUAUGGUUUCUGUUAUUCUUGAGAAGAGUCCGGAUACCACUCUAAAAAAUAAAGCAGACCAAACUCCAUUGGAUAUGGCAGUGCUUAGAAGACAUUUAAAUGCGGUCAAACUACUUUUGAGUGCCGGAGCGUCUCCCAAUAUACCGAACAAGGAUGGCAACAACGCGCUACACCUCGCCGUUUGGCACAAAGCCGAUGCUAUUGUUGCCGCAAUUCUUGAAAAAGGACCAAAUACUACCCUGAAAAAUAAGGCAGAUCAAACUCCAUUCGAUAUAGCAGUUCUGAAAGGGCAUUUAAAUGCUGUGAAACUACUUCUCAAUGCUAAAGCGUCUCCCAAUAUACCGAACAAGGAUGGCAACAACGCGCUACACCUCGCUGUUUGGCACGGAGCCGAUGCUAUGGUUUCUGUUAUUCUUGAAAAGGGUCCGGAUACUACUUUAAAAAAUAAAGCAGAUCAAACUCCUCUGGAUAUGGCUGUGCUAAAAGGACACCUAAACAUCGUCAGGUUACUUUUGAAAAGCGGAGCGUUUGUUAAUAUACCAAACAAAGAUGGCAAUAAUGCGUUACAUCUCGCCGUAUGGCAUGGGGCCGAUGCCAUUGUUGCUGCAAUUCUUGAAACGAAGCCAAAUACUAGUCUUAAAAAUAAGGCAGAUCAAACUCCUGUGGAUAUGGCAGUUCUAAGAGGACACUUAAGUACGUUGAAAUUAUUGUUAAACUCAGGAGCGUCUGCUAACAUACCGAACAAAGAUGGCAACACUGCUCUACAUCUAGCCGUAUGGCAUGGGGCCGACGCACUCGUUGUUGCUCUUUUAGAAAAGGGCGCAAGUGGUACACUCAAAAACGCAGCAAAUCAAACUCCGUUAGAUAUGGCAGUUCUAAGAGGUCAUCUUAAUGUAGUCAAGUUACUUUUAAACGCUGGAAUAUCGCCAAAUAUACCAAAUAAUGAAGGAAACAAUGCGCUUCACCUUGCAGUGUGGCACGGAGCUGAUGCUACCGUUGCAGCUAUUCUUGAAAAAGUACCAAAUACUUCUCUCAAAAAUAAAGCAGAUCAGACUCCAUUGGAUAUGGCAGUUCUAAGAGGGCAUUUAAACGCUGUCAAAUUACUUUUGAAUGCCGGAACGUCUCCUAAUAUCCCGAACAAGGACGGCAACAACGCACUACACCUCGCCGUUUGGCACGGAGCCGAUGCUAUUGUUGCCACAAUUCUUGAAAAGAAGCCAAAUACAAGUCUCAAAAACAAGGCAGAUCAAACUCCUGUGGAUAUGGCAGUUCUAAGAGGACACUUGAGUACGUUAAAAUUGCUAUUAAACUCAGGAGCGUCUGCUAACAUACCAAACAAAGAUGGCAACACCGCUCUACAUUUGGCCGUAUGGCAUGGCGCCGACGCAUUCGUUGCUGCUCUUUUAGAAAAGGGUGCAAGUGGUACACUCAAAAAUGCUGCAAAUCAAACUCCUUUAGAUAUGGCAGUUCUAAGGGGUCACCUCAACACAGUCAAGUUACUUUUAAAUGCUGGAGUAUCUCCAAAUAUACCAAAUAAUGAAGGAAACAAUGCGCUUCACCUUGCAGUCUGGCACGGAGCCGAUGCCACCGUUGCGGCUAUUCUUGAAAAAGUACCCAAUACUACUCUCAAAAAUAAAGCGGAUCAGACUCCACUGGAUAUGGCAGUUCUAAGAGGGCAUUUAAACGCUGUCAAAUUACUUUUGAAUGCCGGAGCGUCUUCUAAUAUACCGAACAAGGAUGGCAACAACGCACUACACCUCGCCGUUUGGCACGGAGCCGAUGGUAUUGUUGCUGCAAUUCUUGAAAAGAAGCCAAAUACUAGUCUUAAAAACAAGGCAGAUCAAACUCCUGUGGAUAUGGCAGUUCUAAGAGGACACUUAACUACGUUAAAAUUACUGUUAAACUCAGGAGCAUCUGGUGACAUACCGAACAAGGAUGGCAAUACCGCUUUACACCAGGCCGUAUGGCAUGGGGCCGACGCAUUCGUUGCUGCUCUUUUAGAAAAGGGCGCAAGUGUUACAUUCAAAAACGCAGCAAAUCAAACUCCGUUAGAUAUGGCAGUUCUAAGAGGUCACCUGAAUGCGAUCAACUUACUUUUAAACGCCGGAGCAUCGGCUAAUAUACCAAACAGCGAUGGCAACACUGCGCUGCAUCUUGCUGCAUGGAACGGAGCCGACGCAAUUGUUUCCGCAUUGGUUAGCAAAGGCGCCAACACUGCCCUUAAGAACAAAGCGGGCCAAACUCCAUUUGAUAUUGCUUCUUCAAGAGGACACGUGAAAGUGGCAAAUAUACUGCUCAAGACGUGGUCGUGAACUAAAACACUUAUGAGGCCAUAUCAUUCCGACGAGUGCCAAAUGCCCUAGACUUUUUAACACUUGUGUGACGAUGUUGGUCAAUGACCAAUGAUUACCAAGCAAACUGACUUUAGUGCACAUUAUGACUAGAUACAGUUCAUCCAGUUGGUCAAACAGUUGACAGAACUUUACAAUCAAGGAAGAGUGGGCCGUAAACUGUGGAACUGUGUCAAUAAACCGUUUUCCACAGUAAGAUAUUUUUAAAAGUAUUUUCGUACACAUAAAAACUGAACUCUUUUUGUGUCUUUGUGUGCGUAAUAUAUUUUUUGCGCGAUCGGUCAUUUCUGACUAUUUACCAUGGGUGUUUCCAUGACAGUACGUAGAAUUUACCAGUUGCUAUGAUUACGACGAC